GGCAGUAGCCUACACCAACAUUUCUUUUUAUGUACGGGUUAGAGAAAUUAAGUUAUUUAUAAAUAGCAAACGGACCUAUCUCAGGUAUUAUUCUAACGCUCUUUAUGUAAACUACAAUGAUACAAUUAUUGUAGUAGCGUAUGAAAUGUAAUUUAAAGCAUAGAUAUACUAAUUAACGGCGCAUUCGCGAAAUUUGCGGGUGUCUCCAUACAGCGGACAUGGAUUGUUAAAUUGGUGUUGCAUGAAUCGUGUCAAGAUGGUUGCAUGCGAAUGAUUUGGCGGAGAGCGUACCUUGAGUGGUGCUUUGUGAGGAUUAUUAUCGAAUACAUUCCAAUCAACAUCUGGAAUGGAUUCACAGCAGCAGUUUUGUCUUAAGUGGAACAGUUUUGGCAGCAAUUUGGCGACAGCAUUUGGGAAUUUAUUCAAAUCAGAGAGUCUAACAGAUGUCACGUUAUUUUGUGAAGGUGUGACAUUUAAGGCCCACAGGCUUAUCCUGGCAGCAUGUAGCAAACACUUCCAGGAUUUAUUUGAAACAGCACCUCUCUGCCCAAGUGUGCUGGUCAUUUUGGAUGGUACAUCAUCAUCUAACAUGUCCGCCUUAUUAGAAUUUAUGUACAAAGGAGAAGUUCAUGUGUCUCAGGAAAGCCUCUCAAGUUUCCUGAAGGCUGCAGAAUGCUUGCAGGUCAAAGGCUUGUCAGUAGAGCAUGAGAAGCUUGCUGUGGUACAGGGGCAGCAUACCAGUUUAUUGGGCCAGGACAGCCAACUGGACUCGCCUACAGGUCGUAAACAAACCAAGAUAAAUAGCAACAGUAAUAGUGGUACAAAGGAAAACUUGGAAGGAGGCUCAGGUGACCAACUCCGACAGCAUCAUCCAUCUACCUCAUCAUACUCUGCAGUCGUGUCUCCAUACAUGCUCCCUUCCCAUUACCGUCCAGCGUAUGAGCAAUGUGUGCCUGCCUCAGCGCCACCCCCGACUCAUUAUGACGCGUCUCCUCGAAAAAGGCAUCACCGCAGUUCUUCCGAAGCUAUUCAGGACUCUGCUGUUCGUGCCUCAGUUCUGCGAGACGGCAGCAAGUCCCGUACUGCUACCGAAUCUGAAAAACACUCCCCUAUAUCCUUGGCAUACCGUCCUCUACCACAACAACCUCAGGAUCCUGACCUGAAGGCUGAUGACAAAGGUUACACCCCGAGCUCAUCCGCGUCUCAACAUCUCUUGAGGUAUGAAGGGGGACCUGAUGUCAGAGAUAAUGCUGCUGCUAAUGCCCCUGCCAAUGCUGCCACUACUGUGACUUAUGACAGAGCUGUUGCUGUGGAAGUUGAUGGCAACAGCAAGGCUGCGCCAGAAAGUCGGCGAUCAUCGGUGGACCCUGGAAGUAGCUGUCCAGAAGAUUUGCGGGUGAAACUCGAGCUCUCCGGCCGCCCAGAAGACCAUCACGUGGCAAAUGCUGCACCAUAUAAAGAGAUGAGCGCUGACAAAGUACCCGAGAUAAUUCCAUCCAAUCCCUGGAACUCGAGUGCAAGUACAAAACUGGCUGUCCAUAAAGGGGGCAGUAUUACUACAGCUGACGGUAAGAAACUCAAAUGUCCGUUCUGCGAGCGACUUUACGGGUAUGAAACCAACUUGCGUGCUCACAUUCGCCAGCGCCAUCAAGGGAUACGUGUGCCGUGCCCCUUUUGUAGCCGUACCUUCACACGCAACAACACUGUGCGGCGGCAUAUUGCUCGUGAGCACAAGACGGAGUACAGCCUCAAGGCAUUUCAACCACAAGCUCAGGUUCACAACCACAACAACCAGUAAGCAAAAUGAAGCCAAGCCUCACAAAGAAGUUCUUCACAGAGAAACAAAAUCAAUCAGGAUAGUAACAGAAAUACCUCAAAGGAUCUUAUAUAUAAAUACAUAAUUAUUACUUGAUAUAUAUAGAAAUAUUAUAUAUAUAAAAUAUAUAUAUAUAUAUGACAUUGUUAAAGGACAAGCAAGAACGAUGUCCUGUUAACAAGUUAUUGUGUGUCUUAUUUUUCUUUAUUAUGAUUUUUGUUUUUGUUUUUGUUCUUUCUUAAAGCACUUUUUUUCUGGAUGUCUGUGUAAGAACAAACACUUGUAGCUCUCUUAUCUCUGAGGUUUAGGCAAGAUUUUAUGUGGGAUAUAGGUUGUACAUAAUGAAUAUGAAGACCUCCAACUUGUACAGUCAAGACAAGGGCUCUAUGUACUUCACUCUUUUAUCCACGUCUUCUCGUCAUGCCCAGAGGGCAGUAUUUUAUCUUAAGAUGGUGCCUCACUGAAAAGCUACAAAACACAAAUUGUUUGAAUACAGCUGGUGCUCAGACCAUCUCUCAAAUGAAAGGCUUUAGAUUUUGGUAAUUGGCGGUGAAAUUUUGUGGUUGUUUUCUGGAGUAAUAAUGUGUUUGGCAACACAGUUUCUGGCAAGCAAUUUGAUAUAUUUCGAGGUUUAAGAAAUUCUUGAAAUUAUGCUGUUGAAUCUGUGAGUUGGUUUUCACCAGUUGUACUAUUGUGUGUUUAGCAAAAAAAAAAGUUAUUGAUUCAUACUCUAAAUGUCCCAGUCUUGGUGUUUUCUUUUUGGCCAGGUAUAAAAGUGGUAAUGUGUGUAAGUUGCCUGUGGUGAAAGUAAAUACUGAAGUGUCACCCAGUUUGAGGCAUUUACAGUAUGCUGAAUAACUCAACGAAAAAGCUGUACACACUAUUUUAUUAUAUAUGUUUUUAUUUGACGUGAAUAUUAUCAGCAUCAAAACCGUUACUCUCCUGUUAGAAAACUAGUCAUUGAAAGUGCAACAGAUUACAUCUUUUUACAUCUCAGGAAUCAGUAGCAGAUGACCAUAUUUUGUUUAUCUCACCCCAUAUGGAACAGGGGAAAUCAGGGACAAUUGUUCAAAACAUCCUAGUGCCAAAUCACAGCUAUACACAGCCUGUAAAGUAUUUUAUUUUGUAAAGAAAUUUUUAAAGUUUAAUAUGUGAGCUGAUCGUUUGAGGACAACUUACAGCCGGUGUCAUACAGUUGGCACGACAGAAGCUACUGUUAGAUUACCUCCAAACUGCUGUUCCUGCUGCGUUAUCAUCCUUGGUUUCUCUUUCUUCCUCCCUUCAUAUUCUGUUGUGCUGUAGUAGUUUUCUACAUACGUAAGGAAAUAUUUAUAUUCAUAAUGCUAUCUGCUCCUAGUCAAUGUAUUUCCCUUAGUAUAUAGAUAUUUGUCAGUAAAUACAGUUGUAGUUGCAUUCAUUAUUUGUACACAUUUUAGAUUCCAGUAUUUGUCGGUCAUUGUCUUCAACUGGGCAGUGUUGAUUCAGAUCUGAGGCGAUACAUUACAUGACAUGUUUGUAACUAAACUCAGGACCCAGCAUCACGAGCGUGCUAAACUCUUGUUUUAUACAGCCAUUUUGAAAUACUGCAUUUUCUAGGAGAUACUUUUUACCGAUACUUUUCCUCACGGAGGAAAAAGCCAUUGCUUAUUUCACAGUCACGUUCGCAUCAUUUAUGAUAGGUUUCCCCUAUGCAAUCUCAGGUAGUCGGACGGUGUACGAUGUCAUGGAAUUUAGGGUCAUAGCAACUUUUUUAUUGUUUGAGUAAGUGUAUUGAAGUUGGAUUGACUUCUUAAAAUUUUAAUAUUGUUUUAUUUCCAAUUGAGUUUUGUUGCUUGCUGUAAAGUUUUGUUAUUGUUGUUAAAAUAUUGUAAGAUGCAAAGUAUGUGAUGGAGUUGCUUCCGGAGUGAAGGCCGUGCACAUUUGGCAGUGUGCACAAAGGAUAGGCGUUAUUUAUAGACACUUGGUUAUGAUACUGUGUGUUUAAUUGGGUUGGCAUUGUGUUAUGCACCAUUGCAAUUAUACUUGAUAUGUUUGAGUGGAAGAGUGCUAUGUGAUGAGUGUUCAGUGUGGGUUUUUUUUUUUUAUGUUCUUGUAUGUAAAGAAUUCUUAUGUGAAGACCUUUGAUGAUAAAUUGACAGUACAAGAAGGCCACCACCAAGUGGCUUCUCUCACUCAAGUGUCUUUGGCACACACCAUGCCAACUUUAGUGCAGAGAUCUUGUUAUCGUUUGAGUAUGACUUACAUUGCGUUGCAGCCUCUGUUGAUUGGAAUCAACCUGAUGUGGCAUUGCAAGGCAUUUGAUGUAUUGUUUUAAUGCAUGUGGGGGAUGGAAAUUGGUGUAUGGGUACUUUUGCACUUGUUUAGUAUUUUUUACUAUAUUCUUUGUUUGAAAUAUUUGAGAGAAUCUUUAGAGGUUAUGUUGGUUUAUCUGGUGCUUCUUUAUUUUUUGGGCAAUUGGUUAUUAGUUUAAAUAACAAAAGUAGCUCUUAAGGUCGUGGUUAUAUUAAGCACUUCGUGAUCAGGUCAUUUAUUUACUAAUGAUUUUACCCAUCAAAUUAUCUUUACUGCCUCUUUGUUGUAAUUAGAAUGUUACGUGUAUUUCAUAAUUAGACGCACUUUGCGCUUGACUACUAAACGGGUAAAACAUGGUUUACGAGAUUUGUCAAGUCAUUUUUGCAUAAAGAACUAGAGUAACUCCAACAUUUUUGCUAUACUUUAAAUCUCUAGAGAAUACGCAGUGUGCAAUGCUUGGAGACUUAUAGUUAUGGCAAGGGCAAGGAGUUUGUCAAUUGGGCUGUUGCAUUGACUAUCCCCGUUAUAAUGGGAAGCAGAACUGAAGCGAGAUGAAUUAAUUGUAACAGCAGUGCCAUUUGCUGCUGCUUAGACUGGCGUCGUAGGAUGUUCAGUUGUUAUUCUUACAGUAGUCUCUGUCUCAACAACAGUAUUUGUCGUGUUGUUAUUGUUUGAUUUUGGAAGGUGUGGAAAGCGUUUAAACAACUCAAGAUUCUGCUGUAAUUCAGGUGGUUGGAUCAGGAAGCCUUCAUAUUUUUUUGUGUGCUGCUAUGGAGGGGGUGUCCAAGCUGUUUUAUUUGUGUGUGUAUAUAUAUAUUUGUUUUACGGUAGGGCCCAUCAUAUAGUUACUGUUUGUAGUGAGCAGCUGUUGAAAGAAUAAACCUCAUAGUAGUUGAAACAAAAAUAAGGCUUCGUACCACAUGGUUCAGAAUUGGGGUUAUUGGUUUCCACACGCUUGUUUAAACUUGCUUCAAUUUGAUGUUCUGAUGCAUGUUAUUAGUUGUAUUAUCUUUGCAUCAUUUGACAGAACAAUCUCAGGAAUUUAUUUCAGGGACUAAACCAUUUUUUGCACUAUUCAGUAUGUAGUAUGUUCAGUAGUGACUUUAGAUCAUACAUUUGCAAUUCACGUUUGCAAAAAGGAAAAGAAGAAUAAGUGCAUGAGACUUUUCCUCAGAGUACAAAAUUGGGAAUUAAAGUUUACCUAAGUCCCGUCGAAUUGUGAAUGUUGUAGAAAAUUUUGGUUGGUUUUUAACUUGUGUUAUAACAUAGUAUAAGAGAAGCCAAGGCUACCCUGAAAGGGCCGUAGUGCUAAAGAAGAAGAAGAAGAUAAAAUAGUAUUACAAUGGUAUUAUUGGAAAAGGUGGAAUUUGGUGAUUAACUUGGAAAUGUGAAAUUAUUAGAACUUUGUUUUUAGUACAUCUCAUAACAAUUCAGGUUCACUGUAGUUAACAUUGGCCAGUUUUUUCCACAUUGUAUUUUAAUGAAAUAAUUCUGCAAACACUUGCUCCAUGUUUUUUUACCUCGUUUGCUUUCUGUCUCAGGGCUCAGUGAAGCCAGAUGCAAUAGUGCAAGGCUACCUUCUACCUCAUAUUGCACACAGUUGAACUAUUGUGUCUGUGCUUUAUGCUGAGUUUCAACAUACGGGUUCUGAAGCAGAACCCAUAUGUAUUUUAACUACAGCCCAUACCAUAGUAUAUUAAGCAAAUACCAUUAAGUUAUAGGCAUUUGUGCCAUUGACAGAUGUUUCCUAGGCUGGUAUGAACACAGUGUCGCUUUGCUGAAGAAUAAAUUAUCUGUUGUACAGCCUUGUCGUGAAUUUUGAAGCCUCCACAGAUAAAUAUUUUUAAUCUUAAAAUCCCACAACAUAUUUAUCCUAUCAUGUAACUGUAAUUUACUCAGGAAGUUCCAGAAUUCGUUUAUAUAUACAUAUGUAUAUAAUACAAGCAGUAGUAAUAAGUUGCAUAAAUACCGUGCUACCUCAGAACAGGAUUAAUGUAGUAUUACAUUUAAUUACCUCAUGCGUACUGUGUCACUAGGUAAUCUCUUUGAGGGAUUUAUUUAAUGAGAAUGCACUAUUCAGUGUGUGUGCAUUGCCGUUCACUUUAGGGCAAUAUUGAUGUCCACAUUAAUGCAACCGGGUCCAAGUGUUAGUGCGAGUGUUUGUGGAUUCAUUUUCAUUAAGUGCUCUAAAUCUGUGUGUUGUUUUCCUUGUAUUGGGGCAUUGAUAAGCACUGCUGUAGGUAAAUUUAAAACAUGUUUGAUUACAUAAGAACUAGGUAGGUGAUGAAAGUACAAAUUUGAUUCAAAAUAUCAAUUAUAAGCUUAUGCUUGUGUACCUGCGGCUGUCUUUCAGUUUGAAAGUAACAGUGUUUCCUUGCCACAAUUGAACAAGCUCUCUUGUUGGCACUGCCAGAUAUUUUAAGUCCAAGUGUUGUGCAUCUGAAGCACUCAGGUUUCAGUAACUCUCAGCAUGUCCGUGUGUUGCUUCCCAUUUUACCCCCAUUGUCUAUAGCAGUGUGAAGGAAAGUUGUCAGUAAAUAAGUAAAGAAGAAAACCUCACUAAAAUAAAUACAGAUAUCCAGAUAUAUCUGUGAACAAGUACAAGAUAUUGCUGUACAAAUUAAGCAAAAUAGUAGUUAUAAAAUGUGUGUAUGCAUGUGUGAGUGUGUAUGUUUAGUUUGCUGAUCGCCUGCAAAACUCCAGGUUUCUUUGUAGUCGGACUUUCGUGCUGUAGAGUGUGCAAUCUUACGUUGUUUUUCACUGAUAACAGAGACUGUCACUGUUAUCGACAUGCAGCUGUGGUAAGAGUGUGCUCAUUCAAAAUCUUAGUACCUGUGAGUUCAAAAUGCAUAAGACAAACCGAUGACCUUUUUGAAACAAAAUUAAGGGCCUUUAAUAUUAUUACAUUCAGUAUGUGUGGUGCACAUUUGCUGCAGUAUAUGUGUUGAAAAUUGAAAUGUGUGUUAUGAUGCAUAAUCUAAUCUUUUUCGCAGAGUCCGACAUUACAAAGUAACAGUGUAGUUUGCACCUGUAACUCAGUCCUCAUGUUCUGAUACCCAGUGUUCAGCUGUGGCGAGCCACUAGGAGGUUAGCUAGGGUAUUCACACUACAGAUAUUAUUAUGGGCGACCGCCACUGCCUGGUGGGUCGCAUGUACAGUAUGCUCGAUAUACGAGCAUUUAGCCGUGUACAUACAUUUUUCUCUUCCCCAAGGGAGAUUUUUAAGUCGCUCAAACUUGUUCAAAAGGUGUUGCACCUCGAUUCGUGGCGUGACACUUGAAAUUGUGUCGGUCCUGUGAUUGUGGGGGACUUGCAUGCCCGUCCCAUCCACCAAUGUUGUAUGCUGUCACGAUAAUUAACGUUAUUAUGGAUGUGUGUGUGGGUGUAUGUGUGUACAUGAGUGUGUGUUCCUUUUCCCCCCAAAUUUAAUCACUUUUACAAUCAAGCUACUGUUCUUUUUAAGAAAUUUUAAGAUCGUAAUACAUGUUCCCACAGGGAGUGAACCCAGUCAUAAUUGUCUAUGUAUCUGAAGUGAUUUUUAUACCGGUAUAUUUAGUUUCAGAUGUAAUAUAUGUACUUGUUUUUUUAUUUGAAUUAUAUGUUUAUGGGUAAUAUUGUGUUGUAUAAUCAUAAUUAUUGAUGCUCUGCAUAACUGUAGAAAAUAACAAAAAAGUCCAUGUAUAUUUACACAAAUUUAAUUGUUAUAGCGAUAAUGGAGUGUGAAUUACAUAAACUGAAGAUGGGGUCUAAUUUUAUCCAAGUCAACAAGUAGACCAUCUGAAACAUUGGUUGAGUGGAUGAAAUUCCUCUCACGUCUUGAUGGUAAAAUUUUAUGUAUAAAAUUGAGUAUAAUGUCUCAAAACAUUUAAUAUCUCAGUGUGUGUGAUGUGUAUCAUGUUCAGAAUCAUUUCACUGGAGCAGAUCUUCAGCUGUGAUGCACAGUCCAUUAGAACAGUGUUUGGAGUUCCCAAACACUCGUACUUAGAUCUGGCGUGUGUUCAGAGACCGCAACAUUAUAAUUGCAACGCCAUGUACUCAUUGGUAAAAUGAAAUUGGCAUUUCUGUGGAAAAAUAUUUCAGGACAUGUGAGACAUGAAGCAAAGCUAUUGUUAUUGAAUGACUUUUUGUGAAUUUCUAAUUGGGUUGUUCUUGGGUGUUUUGGAUCUGUGAAUUUGCUGGCCACAAUACAUGUUAUCAUUGUUUGGCAGUCACUUGUUGCAAUGUUCUAUGCUCACCGUAACCAAAUGUUGGUUAAUGAAAUAUUGUGACUUUACUACAGCAUUGUAUUGUGGGAGAUAUUUUGACCAUACAUGGGAAAUGUAUAAACUUAUCAUCUUGUACAAUUUUUGUCUGCAUUUUUAUGUAGUACAGAAUUGAAACAUUAGAAACUUUUUUGUAUGGUUCCUUGUAAAGCAACGUGAUUGUAGUCAUAUUACACAAGGCACAGUUUGUAAAAUUUCUCUCCCACAGUCAUUGUAAACUUUUAAAUUACCAACUAAUAUUUGGAAGUGGGCAUGUGGAAGGUCCUAGUGUUUUAUGUUGUGAUGUUAUGGAAAUAUCUGUUAAAGUAUCACAGACCAUGUGUUCAUGCAAGAUUAUAUGAGACCACAGUAUGUUUGUGCUCCUUUGUUAAACAUGGCUCCCAGAAACAUGAGAGCGAUGUUUCUCGUUGUGCUGCUACCAUACCAUAAGAAAUGAACACCACAGGUCCAAGUAUUUUAUGACUUAUAGUUGACAAUCUUCAAAAUAAAAGUUGUAUGUCACUGUCAUCCAUGUAUGUACAACUUUCUUUUCAGGGCCAUAUCUGUUAAAUAUUCCUUCAUUGACAUGCUGACAAACCCAAUGACGGGAUCUUGGAAGAUUAUAGUACACAUAAAAGGUUUUUAAUUAAUUUUCAUGUGAUUUUUUGUUUUGUCCCCCAACAUCCGAGUGAAACAACUCGGUACUUGUGAGAGAAGUAAAAUUGUUAUAUUAAUCUGUUUUGAACAAGUUCUUAUAAAUUUACAGCUCUUGGCUUAAGAUUCUCACUGAUAGGAAAAGAUUCCAAAAUACCUAAGGAAUUGUUCCCAUGGUAAUUAUUUGGGUUGUUUGGUCUCUUAUUGUGAGGUGUAAACCAGUUAAAUACAUCCAGUGAGAAAUAUAAUUUUUAAAAACACUCAAACACAAAGUUUAACAUUUUCUUGAAAUGAAUUGAUAUCCAGUUUCUCUGCAUUGUAGUUUGGGUACCUGACUGUAAUUUUUGGUAUCAGUGCUAACACUGAUAUUUAUAGGCCACCAGUGGUAUAAAUGACAUGUAUCAUUAGGUGAUGUCACAUUGCAUAGUACAGCUUCUAAAAAAUAUUGUUUUCUCAGGAAAUUCAAAACGUGUGUUUCUGGUGAUGUUGGUGCAUCCUACGCUGCCAGCAGCAUACAUUUUUAAUCAUUAAUUCUUCUGCUACAGAUUGAAUAGUUAACAUUCAAGAAAGGGAAAUCUAUUCUUAAUAUUUCAAGAAAAUUGUGUAAAGCUGUCUUCUGAAUAACUGAUGAAUAUUUACGUAUAUAACAAGAAAGUGAUACUUUUCUGCUCAUUAGUAUUGAAAGGCAUUGAUUUGGGUGUUAUUAAAUAUUUGUCUUCAUUUUGUAAGGCAGAAUUGCUAAUUACCUUUCCUCAUAGUACAUUUGAAUAAAAGAUAAGAUGAGGGCAGGAUUUUCAUAAAGGUCUGCUUAAAAUGCUCUGAAGAACAUAGAGAAUAUAAAGAUUGCUGAUUGUGGUCUUAAAUGUGUCAGUGAUUUACAUGUAACUACUUGUUUCUUAGGGAUGGUGUUCUAUGUUUGAUUUGUGCUAAUUUCAAGAACCCUAAAUAAAAUCUGCUUUAUUUGGUAUUUUGCCAAAGCAGUACAGACUUGUGUGUGGUAAGGGUGCAGUAAUUAGAUGAAGGAUGCGCUUUGGUGCUGUGGAAUGUAUAAACUUGCAUCAUAUGUUAUAGUACCAUAUUUUAAUUGUUUUGUUAUUUUUAGUGUAUAUCUUGCAGAGUGUUACAUAUGAAUUUUAUGAUAUCAAAAUUUCAUGUAUGUGGACUUUGUCGUUUGCUAUUGGUUACAAAUUAAUGUUUUUAAUAUUUCAGAUAGUGGCAUAAAGGUUGUUCGUACAUUUUGUGAAGUAUUUGAUCUUGCUGUCUAAAUUUUAUCAAUGUUUGCACUGAUUGAAAAUGGAAUACAUUGGAAAUGCAUAUUCAAUUAAGACAGUUGGGUACAGUACCUAGGUCUUGUCGCAUUAAGCUUUUUGUUUGCAGGAAGUGGUGGGUUACCUUAGAAUAGUGUGGGAUUUCAUAAAAUGCUGUGUUCAUCUAGCAUACUAUGAUAACUGUUUCAGUAAAUGGCAUAUAUUUCCAGGUGUAAACUUGGGGGGGAAUUGCCUGUGUAAUUUAGAGUGACAUCUGUUUUACAAGUACGAAGGUUAUAAAAACUGUUAAUAUCUCAAGACACUUCCAAAUGAAGCAUUGGAUUAAUAACUUCACGUAAUUAGCUUUCAAAAGUUUGACGUGGCCAGUUGCACUGCUAUUUACAUCUUUUAUCUUUUAAGGUGUUAAUGAAAAGAUAAUUGGUGCAUUUGGUAGCAUUUUAAUGUUUAUAGUAUAGCACAACUUUCAUUAAUAUUUCUUGGAGUUUUAGUUUAGCAUUCACUUACAGUAUUAUGAGAAAAACAUUCUAUUAAUUUUCACAUCUUUUGGAAAAUGGUGAUUUUAGAGGCCUUAUGAUUGAGAUUGCAGUAGGCCAUUUUAUCUCGAUUUUUUUUAUAAAUGUUAUAAAUUAUGUGUGUUUACAGAUAUUAUGAGGACCAACUACAGUGAUUCAUUAUUUGCUUGCUUUUAUUUACAUCACCAAAUGGCUGCUGUAGGGCCAUUAUCAGUGCUUUGGUGUUUACAUAUGUAUUUGUUUAAAAAAUACAUAAUAAAUUUACUGUGACCAUAGAGUCAAAAUAAACAUCAACUGAGUCAGUUGUAUAAAACAUUAAAAUUACAUUUAAAUAUGUUGAGGUAGUACUGCACAUUAUAUGAUAUACAGUACUGGCUUAACACAUGCACAUUACACCAAAUUUAUGUAUUCCACAACGUUGUCCAGUCCCCACCUUAAUGUUAAUAUUACUAUGCCAGUAUGUCUUCAUACAACUUUUAUCUCUUCCACAUGUUUGAUGCACUGUUUCACUUCCUCUUGUUGUAAAUUAUCAUUAAUCUCACAACCCCCUUAGUUAUUGCAGUUGGUUCGUUUGUUUUCCUUGUUGUCCGUUGUAUAUGUGAUGUGCAUCCUUGAUUUGGCUUCAUUGGUGACUUGUUUGCCAAUGCAGCUACAUCACCACUGCACACCACUUGUACAAAGACCAACAAUUCACGAGUAAAAGUAGUUGGUUCUUGUAAUAUUUGUGUACAUUACUGCGUGAAGGGUUUUAAGGCUGAUGUGUGUUUGUUUUUGCACAUCAUGUUUCUCUACUUCAUUACCAAAUUAAGUUUUAGAAGGUGGUAAUUUCCAGAAAUGACCCAUCUUCUUUCCUUUAAAAGACAGUUCUGCCUGGAACAAAAUAAUCAUAGAGCAUGUUGCCACAGCUCUUGGCUUAGCCAUCAGUAGCGACAUUGUUCGAGACGAGUUUUCUUAUCGGUAAAUUCAGAUAACGUUGGCAAUAUGGCGAACGUACUAUUUUCUUGGUAUUCUGUGUACCAGGUGUGUUACAGUCCUUUUGAAUGUGCAACAGCAGCUGGUCAUUGUCUUAAGUUUGAUUUGCUUCAAGAAGUUUUCCACUAGGCACUUCCAGUCAUGGAAUUUCACCUGGCACUGUCUGUUGGGCAACAUCACUUUUAGGGAUGCUUGUGCUGUUUGUAUGUGUCUGUCUUGGUGCCUAACUUUGCAGGAAAAUGUUAAAAAUAAAUUCACGCUCUUUUCAGUUAAUUUAAACCUAAACUUGACGUGUUGAUCAUCCUGUCUUCAGGAGCUAAUUAAUUGUUUUAAGGUUGGACAGUUGUGGUGGUUGAUUUAAUGUUUAACAUAAAGUGAAAUUGAAUUCUGAGUUUAAAUUCAUCGACUAUAGGCAAAUGAUGUAAUCAGAUUACUUUUCCUUGUAUUUAUAAACAUUGAAACAAAAACAAAAUUGCAGCUGGAAUGCUUUCAUGUACAAACCACGUGAGCUGUAUAUUUGUUAUGUUUUUGCAUUAACAAUUCAAAAAUAAUAUUAAAAUGUUUGGCAUUUUAAAGUGAACCAAAUUAUAUUCACUGUUUUGUAGGAAAUGUGCUGCUCUUCAGUGUUUUUUCCAUUCAAAAAUGUCUUGCAGACAGCAGCAAGGCUAAAUAUAAUUAUUUUCCAGAUGGGGUGGAAAAUGAUGAUAAUAUUGUUACUAAUUGCAUUCAUUUGAAUAUAAUGAACAUUUCAGGUUAUGCUCAUGGAUUUCCAGUCAGGUUUGGUCAUGUUGAUGUAGAUUUUGCACAAUGUCUACCCACUGAUCAUUCAUAUGAUGCUAUUAAUAUUGUUUUGAAGGAAUUUGGUAACAUGUACAUUCUCAAAUUAUGAAUUGAGAUUUUUUUAUAUUUGUAGUGCUGUUUGUUUUUAUUGAACUGUGAACCUUUUCAGUUGUAUCUGUUCAGGUGAUUUUGAAUACUUGUAAAGGAGAAACAUGUAGAUGGCAUUUUGGAGUUCUAAGUGCAGUGAAUCGUUCUGGUUCAUCAUCAGUGAUGUAGCCAAUGAUUCGUCUUGCCUGGGAUAACUUGAUUCAAAAUCUGCUUGAUUCACAUUCUUUAAUGUUCUAAGUAUAUUUUAUGUCUACUAUUCUUGUCUUUGAAGACAAGAAAUGUGCUUUCAGGCUCUGCAGUGAAGUGGCUAAAUGUUGAUGUUUGUAGCUGAAAGUGUGUAGAUAUUGUGCAAGCCCAAGAUAGUGUUUACUUUGUAGGCUAGGGGGUUGGUUAGUGUUCUAAAUCUCUAUGCAUGUAACAUAAAAGGGUUGGCUUGCUGUGCAAGAUAAAGUAAUAUUGCCAUUUUGGUUUAUUUACAAUGUCAUUUCAUGAUUGGAUGGCUAGUAUGUUGUAAUACAUUAAACAGUACAAAAAAAGUCAACCUUUCUAAGUUACUAGAAACAAAAAUUAAUGUUGUCCGUUGAUCUUGUGGUAAAAAUUGUUUCACUUGAUGAAACUUUAAUUUUUAUGCUUCAUCAGAUUGUGAAUGUUUUUCAGUGAUGACAUUCUUUACCUCUACCACUUCAGGUUAUUUUAGUGUAUCAAUAUAUGCCACUAAGUGGUUUUCUGUAAUGUAGUGCAAGUCCAUCAGCAUCGGAAACUAUAUUUUAUCCUUUAUUGACCACGUUAACAUAAUUUAAGCAGUGGGUUCCAGUAUGUUACACAUACAGAAACAUUGUCAGCUGUCCAUUCUCCUUUCUGAAGGUCUGGCCAGUGAGACAUGGUUCUGUAUUGGAAGCUUUCGGUUAGUGGCUCAACCAGUGCUUGAAUCUAACUUCAUUUAAUGUGAACUAUAUGUGAUUAGAUGUUUUGCCUGUUUAACAGGACAGUUUACCAGUCUAAAACUGCAUUAUCACCCAAAGAUAUACCACUAUAGCUGUUAUGUUUCUCUACAUUCUAGGAAGUUGUUAAUUGCUUUAACUCUUUGUAAUGUAAGAAUGUCACUAAUUCUUCUGUGUGAGACAAAUUUACAUAGAUUAUUAGUAAAUUUAGUGUUGUAGUUUCAUGCUGAUAGACUUUUGUGACAUUCUGUGUAUUUAAAAGUACUGUUAUGUGUUGUGUUGUGUCCUAUCUUGGCUGUAUGAAAUCAGAGACUGGUAAAAAUGUUACAGAUUUCAGCACUGUGUGACAAGUAGUUGAAGUUGAUUUCAGGACCUGGUGAGCCCUGAUAAAAAGUGUUGUGUGGACUAAUUAAACAUUUUAUUAAAGGUGAGUUACAAUUGUUUUACUGUGGGGAUCGAGCAUGUGAGAUUGAAGUGGCUUCAGCAAAACUUGCAUGUUUUUUAAUCUUUGGAGUAAUUAAUGCAUGAAAGGUUAUGUGAACAGUUUGUAUUUUAAUCUUAUGAAUUGAAAUACAGAGAAUGAAUCAAAACGUUCUCAUUUCCUACAAGUGGACGAUUGUGGAAAUGUUUUGUUUCCAAAAAUAUUUCACAAUAUACGUGCAUUUGUAUCAUUCACUCUAUGAUACAAAUUUUGUGUGGUUUGCUGAAUCACUUCAAUUUGAAGCACAAUCAUAUUCCCAUUGACACAUUUCAUAUAAGAGGAAAGUUUUCAGAUGGUUUUAUAGAUUUAGUUCCAAACCGCUGUUGAUUUGAGAAUAUUUAUUGUGCAUUACAAAUAUUGGGUAUAAUUUGUUUUCAUACUUCUUAUCAAAUUCUAGACUGUCGAGUCACAUUGUCCUUUUUUCAUAGCUAGUUUUACUGACUGUUGAGUGUAACUCACCUUUUCAUCAUGCUUCUAAUAGGGGCAAGUAAUGCAGUAUAAAAAUAAGUAUUCACAUGUUAGGCAAAAGGGGAAGGCCCACAAAUAUUUAUUGUUUGGAAUCUGCUGUACAUGCUUUUUGCAAAACUGUUCACAUCUUGCCUGAGGAUAUUGUGAUAUCUACAGAUGUUAACAAAGUUAGGUCAGGAAAAUAACAAAGAUUGGGUUGUUUGCAGAUGGUAGGUUAAGUAUUUAUACUGACUGGUUUAGAUCAUGUGAUGAUGUGUUUCUCAGGUUACGUUAUGGUUGUAGUUGGUGUAGCAAGGGUGCGAGAGAGGAAUUUGAAAUGUUACGUUCAUUACAGCCAUAUCUCAUGAGUGUAGCUUUUGGGUUAAAUUUGUUAUGAUGAUUACAGUUCACAUUCUUCAGUAGGCAUAAUAUGAUAUAUGGCUAUGGGUAAACUUGACAGGAACUUAAAAUUAAAGGAAGUUGCUAUAAUGUAUCUGAAAUGUCAGUUAGAUGAACUUUUCAACUUAUUCAUCUAGUGGCAGAAUGUUAAACACAUUAAACUUCUAUUUUUUUUUAUUUUGUCAUGUCUUAUGGAUGAAUUUUGUUCUCAGGAAUAAGAAACCCCCCUGUCCUAAAACAGGUAUAAGGAAGUGUCUGAUACUCUUCUUCAGUAAGACUUUCGUCAUUUUUAGUGUUGCCAGGUUCAGCCAGGUCCUCACCCCACUGGUGUGUGUUUCUGGUUUGAGUAGUCUAAUUCCUUUUCAUGAAUAGUUGUGCAACAUGCUUCAUGUAGUCACAGUCCCAUUUUGCCACAUACAGGUGCCAUCAGAGUUCUGGAAUAAUAUUUUUAUUUUAAAUUAAAUUAUGUAACUCAUCUUUUUAGUAUCUACCUCACAGUGGAACUGUUUCCACUUACACUGCGUUCUUGAUUAAUCUGUGAUAAGUGCAAGGAACUUAGUAAUUCAUUUGCCUUUACAAAUGGGUUUCCCACGAAAUCAAGGCUGACUUCCCUACGAUUCUCAGGUCUUAAACUGGUUUUAGCCAUAACACAAAAGCUAUGAGUGAUGUACCUGAACAAGUGAUGCACAUUUGGUAGUCGAGAUAUGUCUGCAAUGCAUGGAGCUUUCGGUGCCUUUUCGUACCGAUCGUGUAUCAGGAUAAUUCCUGGAGGAAACACGUUGAACUAGUGUGGUGUUUCAUUCCAGUAAUUAUUCAAUAAGCUCUUGCAGAACCAUAUGUAGUAUGUGAAAAUGGGUUGAUUGUUGAAGUGGAAAAUUUUAUUAGCUGUCAAAAAUAUUUCAGUUUUGUUUUCUUGUCAUUUUUUGUUUCACCUUGUUAUCAGUGGUCAAUAUUUGUUUUGUUAUGACUUUGUGAUGAUUUAUUGGACACAAAUACAGGUUAAGAAAUUUUUGAAUUGAUAUUAAUAUGAAAUAAUGAAGACAUGAUUAAAAAUACAAAAAAAGAAAUGGAGUGAGCAUAAACUGUUUUUAGAACAUUUUCUUGUUAAAAUGUGGUUUUUUAAUGUUUGGUAUCAGAUAGUUGUGUUGCUUUGUACUAGGAUGUUAUGCUCAUGGUGAUCAUGCCUUACAUACAUUUGGUGGAACGUAAUUUGCACACACAUGUAAUAAUUACUGUAAUACAACAAAAUGGAUGUUUGAAAAUUCAGUUUGAAAGAUUUCACAGAUUACUAAAAAACUAAAUUUGUUGCUAA